GAAAAAGUGCUGGGAAGAUAGUUUCUACUGCUGAUUCUGCUGUUUAUGGCUUUCUCAGAGGUUCCUUCUUUAUUUCGGGCGAAGACAGAAUGGGAUCAGGUCAAUCCAAACAGGAUCCCAAUAUUGGCAAACAAAUCCACACCACAGCAGCUCCAAGAAGUACCUCUGCACCCUGCCCUUCCGACAAAGAACUUCAUUUGGCCUUAGCCUUUCUUGCUGGGAGUCUACUGACGUUGCUGCUGAUGGCCCUUGUCUUCCUCAUCACAAAGAGCUACAGAAAAUAUCACUCAAGUCCCCAAGCUCUGGAUCCUCACUCAGAUUCUCUUGCCAAGUUGUCAUCCACCCCGGACGAGGCACUUACCUCUGCCAGCAUGGCUCUCAAAACCUCAAAAGAAAAGAGAGACGACUUGAUUGCAAACCAUUCUGCAGACUCCAUUAUCUAUGCUCAGAUUAAAGGGGCAAACUAUUCCUGAGUUUCCAAGAAGGCUUGAAUCCAGUUCCUCUCACGUCAGCUGCAUUCUUCAUACAUCGCUUUUCCUUUGUAGAAAAUUUGGACCACGGUCUGGGUGAAACUGCAGAUGGAGUUGUUUGGGUGUGAUCUGGCAACCUUAGCCAUCAGUUUUGUGACCCGGGGUCAGUCUUUUUCCUGGAUGUCCCACUUGGACUAACAAAACGGAAGCCCCCUGAGGGCCGAGACUGCCUCUCUGUCCUCUUCCGAAAUGUGUGCUACAGGCUCAGUGCACCAAGAGUGUUCACUCAGUGCCAUUGAUCAACUUGGGAAGAGUCAACUAAUCUAACAAUCUAACAAGAAUUAAAAUAAAACCUUUUGUGAUGUUGGCUCCUUCUUCA